CGCGGGCCAAUCGGGAGUUCGGGCUCUUAUGCUCCCCGUCAAACGGGCAGAAAAGAUCCAGGGAGCCGCACUUCCCCCAAUAUCCUCCCCUCUACAUCUCCUACCGGAUCUGUCCUUUCCCACCGCUACUACGCAUUAACAUCGCAGUCGAAACGCAGUAAAGACGUUCCAUUCCUCGUCGGCCCCUUGUCCUACUACUUGAAAGCCCUGAUUCACACUCCUUGGUGCGAGGAGGGGUGCCGCCAAGAUGCAGAGCCUCCCUUCCGCCACGGCGUCUCCACUCAAUGGCGACGGCCGUGUGAACUCCAGAUCUCCAAGGAUCCUGUCGUGUGUUCUCUGUCAGCAGCGGAAGAUCAAAUGCGAUAAAGGCGCGCCCUGCUCGAACUGUGACAAGGUCGGCGCCAUAUGUACUCCCUCCACUCCAGCCCCUACACGUAAAAGCAGGCGGACGAAUCGAGAUUUACGGGAGAGGCUAGCCAGGUGUGAGGCCUUACUGAAGCAACAUGAGCUAUCAGCCAGUACAAUUGAGCCGGCUGCUGCUUCCACCUCUCGUUCUACCGACUACGCCGCCUCCAUGUCGGAUGCAUCUCAGAGCCCAUCACAACAAUUAACCCCAUUUGCGGAUGAUGAAAGAGAAAGAGAACUUAACCCCAUCUGGAUGCCCCAGGGUAAGGUCAUCGUUGAGAAUGGGAGCGUCAAGUAUGUCGACAACUUCCCUUGGGCAACAAUCCAGAACCAGCUUCAAACUAUUCAUCAGCUUCUAGAUGACGAAGAACGAAGCGCGACAGAUUCUGACAUGACUCCUCCUCGAGAAGAGAUCCAGGUCUCAUUCGGCGAUGCCACUACCAACACCACUGAGGAUGUCACUCCAACACCUGUGCAGAUCUUCAAGCUCUGGCAAAUCUUUCUCGAGAGAGUCAAUCCGCUCACCAAACUCAUACAUGCUCCAAGUCUACAGCCUCUCGUGGUGGAAGCCUCGACUGACCACACCAGCAUCCCCCAGAACGCCCAGGCAUUACUAUUCUCCAUAUAUUCCGUGGCCACCAUCUCCUUGACGGAAACAGAAUCUGCUCAAGUGUUGAAAAUGCCCAAAGAAAAAGCCCUUCUGAGGUUUGCUUCGGGGGCAAAGGCUGCCUUUAUGCGAGCGAAAUUCAUGGAAAAAUAUGACUUGAUGACCUUGCAAGCAGUGGUCCUAUAUCUGUUGUCCCUUCACGGUUAUACCAGCCGUCAUGAAACGUGGAUUCUGAGCGGUAUCUUAAUAAGAAUGGCCCAGAAAUUAGGACUACACAAGGACGGCGAAGCCUUGAACCUCCCGCCGUUUGAAGCAGAGAUGCGUAGGCGGGUUUGGUGGCAAAUACUCAUGUCUGACACGAAAUACGCCAUAGCAUCGGGCUUCCAUGAACCCUUGCUGACCUGGAAUUGGGACACAAAGUUUCCACACAAUGUCAACGACGCCGAUCUCUUCCCAAAUUUCAUGGAGCCGAUCCGCCCCCGCGACGGUCCGACCGAAAUGGGAUUUUAUCUGAUGUUCUGCGAACUGUGUCAGUUCAUGAUCGAGAAUCGCAUCACCGACUUCCAGACACUGACCCUCGGCCAUGCCAAUGGGACAAAACAAACACCAAUGGCGUCAAUCACGUACCAGACUCUGGUUCAAAUCCUCGACGCAAAACUUACGGCUCUUGAACAAAAGUACAUCGACACGUCAGUUGGCCCUUUACAUCUGCUAGCGAGCAGGGUUCGAAUCUUCAUCACAGCCGAGCUACUAUCCAUCCUAACACCAGUACACGAAAUACCCGAAUGGGGGACCGAGAUCUUCAACGCUGAGGACAACGUGUUUAGAAUAUGUCUCAUACACUUUGAGAAUCACUCCAACAUAUGCGAUGAGAUGAAAGAUACCAACUUCAUAUGGUUCUUGAAGCUCCAUUUCGAGAUUGAUGCUAUUCUAUUCAUUGCUGGUCAGCUUCAAAAUCGAACCCUCGGUGGAUUGGUCGAUCGCGCGUGGAUUUUGAUGGACCGUAUAUACCACAUUCAACCAGAACUGUGGAAUAUGUCAAAAAAGGACAACGUCAAGGUCGGACUCUCCAUUCUCAAGGCAUGGCGAGAGCGUGAACGAGCCCUGUUUCAGCUGGGUCUGCCGUACGACAUCUCUCCGGUUAUUUCUAAACUGCAAAAGAUCGUACCUCAGUCCAGCCCACCUCCUGCACUACUACCGCCGCCAACGAUCGAACCCCAGGGGCCGCUGAGUACGGAUUGGAUAGUUGACCAACUCUCCAAUUAUAUGAUUGACACAUCGACUCUGAUGUCGCAGGGACCUCAUGAGCAUUUCUGAGGUGGCUGGAAAUGAAAGCAGGAAUCUUGUGUGAUUCUGGGCUUAGACUACCCACUGCGGACUUGAUCAUCGGAAGGUGCUUGGGGAAUGAGUUGCUAGGUGGCGGAAAAUUUCGCCUCUAUCUCCUAAUGACAGAAUAUCCCGAUAAAGCGGUGAGGGGAUAGUUGCAAGACGCAAUAACCGUCUAGCGCGACGACCUCAGUCGAAUGAUGGGGUGCCGAUUGGCGACGGUUUGCAUGUUGGACAUGCGGAUAUACCCACAGGGCGGGCAUCUAUGUUGAAAAAAAUAGGUUGGUCACUUCAAGGACGGACCGACGGAGUAGAGCUCGGCGUGUUGAGUUGCAUUGACGCCGGAGAGGAAGCGGCUUUGUAUUGGGAUUGGGUUGAGGCGCCAUCGAGGUGAAACUGGGGCAGUCGUAUUCAAGGAUGUUAUUUGCGUGCCGUAUAGAAUUAAAAAAUACACUCAAUCUCAUUGCAUUUUAAUCUCG